CACCAAUAUAGAUAUAGUGAAUGGAAUAAGGAAAGUUCCAUAUUCACGACACGGAACCAAGAUCCGUUGCCGGCUGAUGCCGUGCCCCUCCUUCCAUUUUAGAUUUCUCUAUUUAAUAUACUUCCACCCUUCUCACUCCCCUCUAUCCAACUUCCAACUCUUCAUCCAACCCCCAAUUUCUUGCCCUUCUGACAUCUUCUCUCUAACAAACAAAAACAAACCACAACCAUGUCCAGCUCCGGAAAGGACUUCAGCUACAAGGGCUCCGGCACCAACAGCCAGGGAAAUCACUGGUGCUCCCGCGACUACGGAUCCGGUAGCUCUAACUCGAACUCUUACCACUAUUCGAACAGUGACGGCUCUUACUACUACUCCAACCCCAAUGGAAGUACCUACUACAACAACGGAAGUGGUGGUUCGACCUAUACUCCUCCCAGCGGAAACGGUGGCUCGACCAGAAAGAAAUAAGUGUGAAGCCUAGAGCCUUGAACGCUGAGGAGGAUCACAUUGAGACUUAGUGGUAGUAGCUUAAUGCGAUUCACCUGUAGCUGUACCAGUUAUUUUUGGGAUUGAGCUUCUUUCUUCCCCAUCAAUGACGAGGAUAAUAACGAUGGUAUAGCGACGGAGUAUCUUUACACCGCAGGAAUUUGACCUGACGUUUGCUUGUUCCUCUCCAAAUGCAUGCGCUCCGAUUAAGUGCUGAUCCUUGAAGAUCUAAGUAAGAUCUCUGCUAUCUUGUGGGGUACUGCUUGGCUUGAAGGUCUUAUCAUAGGUCGUAUGUUAUAAGUUCGUAGCAGUUUCGCG